AUGUUUCAGGAGCUGCUGCCCAUCAAGGAAGUGAGAGGUACUCAUAGAGUGAAUUUGACCGAUGUUAUCAUGGCUGUCCGAUGCGCCGACCCUCAAUACAGCACAUACGCUGACCUUAUGAAGAUCCUUCUUUCGGCGAGGACAGAUCGAGCCGACGAGGAAGACGGAGAUGAAGCUGAUUUGUCUUCUAAAGAGGAAAUUGCCUUGAUACAAUUGCAAAACUGUGAUCCUGACAACAAAAUUCAUGGAGAAAGGAUACGGGAAAUGACCUACUUACACGAGGAGAUCCGAUUAACACAUGCUGAUUUGUCUUCUAAAGAGGAAAUUGCCUUGAUACAAUUGCAAAACUGUGAUCCUGACAACAAAAUUCAUGGAGAAAGGAUACGGGAAAUGACCUACUUACACGAGGAGAUCCGAUUAACACAUGGUCAAUCAUUACGACAUAUUCCCGUUGACUGGAUGACUCUCACAGAGUUGAUUCGGUUGGUGCUACUAACUUCCGGUUAUUACACUGGUCAGAGUACCCAUCGACAUAGAUUGUUUGCCAGAGGAAAUUACAAAGGAUAUGAAGAUGCAGGGUAUGUCUAUCGCAUGAGCCAUCCCGAAACUAUGGAAAAACUUCGAACAGGUACGGUAUUCGACUUGACUCCAUCAGAACGAUUAGAUCUCAUGAAAGUGGUUAUUUACCAACUU